AUGGUUGGUUUUACAAUGUUUCAACACGUCGAUGCACGUUUGCAGCAAAUAAUGAAGUCCAAAAAACCAUUUGGCGGAGUAUCAGUCAUAGUUUUGGGCGAUUUCAAUCAAUUAAGACCAGUUGGUGAUAAAUACAUAUUCCAAUUUAACAAUUCAUACAAUGCUUUAGUGGAUAAUCCAUUAUGGUCACUUUUUGAAUUGUUCGAGUUGACAGAAAUAAUGAGACAAAAAGAUGAUAAAAUUUUUGCCAUUGCAUUAAGUAAUAUAGCAAAAGGAAUGAUGACACUUGAAGAUAUUAAUUUAUUAAAAUCCCGAAUCGUUUCAAACGAAAAUUUAGAAAUGAUGGGAGAUGCAAUAAGAAUAUUUAGAAGUAAUGCUGAAGUUGAUGCAUAUAAUACAAAAGUAUUGGCCAGUCUUAAUACCGAAGGUGCAAUUGCUAAUGCUUAUGAUUUUUGUGUUGGUGAUGGACUUGCAUCGAUAAGAGAAAAAGUUCUAAACAACGUAAAGCAUCUAAAAACAACUGAAACAUACGGUUUACCACUUAAAAUUGAUUUGAAAGUGGGCGCUAAGUAUAUGAUGACAGUGAAUAUUGACACUGAAGAUGGAUUAGUAAAUGGCGCCUGUGGAAAAUUGAUAAUGAUUGAUUAUGGAAAACUUCAAAAGACAAAUGAGACAGUACCAUGUCGACUAUGGAUUAAAUUUAGUGAAGAGAAGACUGGAAGAAAAGCUAGAGCCAACUUUCAUAAUGUAAUGCGAAAUAGAAAUAUUGAUCCCAGUCUCACACCAAUUGAACCAGUAACACGGCAAAUAAACACACGGUCAACAAAUUUCAAAGUAGAACGGAAACAGUUUCCUCUAGUUCCUUCUGAAGCCAUGACUAUAUAUAAAAGUCAAGGUGGCACUUAUGAAAAAGUCGUUGUCAAUCUAAAGAAAGGAAUGACAAGAUCUGAAUUAUACGUCGCUUGUAGUCGUGCAACAAAAGCAAGUGGUUUAUAUUUAAUUGGCGAUUUUGUUCCACCAAAACCACCUGAACGUAAUGAGGCAGUGGCGAUGAUGUUCAAGGGCAUGAGAUCCGAACGAAUGCUGAAAUUUUCACUUGAAUUUCCUGAAGAAUCUCAAGGAGAAAGAUUUUUCGUGAUGUUUCAUAAUGUACAAUCAUUGAAUAAACAUAUUUUGGAUAUCAGAUCUGACAAAACAUUUUUGUGUGCUUCUAUGAUAAGUCUUGUUGAAACAUGGACAAAACCUACUGAUUUCUUGGAAAUUGAAGGUUUUAAAGUAAUUCACAGACGUGAUUGUAAUGAUACACGAAAACCAUUCGGUCAAAUCACUUACUUAAAAAGUGAUUUGAAGUAUGAAAAUAUCACCGAAAGAUGUGAAUAUUCAGGAAAAGACCAUAUUGAAUAUUGCUCAAUAAAAAUUGAUAAUAUUUGUAUUAUUUCCGUUUACAAUUCACCAAAUUCAUCAUUUGAUGUCUUAAAACGACAUAUUAAUGAAGUUAUAUCUAUUUCAAAAAGAUUCUGUGAAGAUAUAAUUGUUGUUGGUGAUUUCAAUAUAAAUUUGAAGAUAAAAGCCAACCACAAAUUCAUUGAAUAUAUGGAGUCAUUCGGGUUGACUCUGAUUAAUAAAUUAAAUAAAAGUUCAACUAAUGCUAAAACACAGAUUGACUAUUGCUUCACUAAUAUGAAUGACUUAAAAUCUGAUUAUUUUGAAAGCCUCACAAGUUUCCAUAAACCAAUAUGGAUAAGAAAACAUGGAAUUUUGACUGAAGUUCAUGUUGAUGAAAUUAAACAAAUUCGUACAGAUAUACCUUUUAAUCUAAAAGAUCUUAAAAUUUAUGACAAGUCUGAUAUGAUGGUAGUUGACGAAGAAUUCUCUUUCGAUCGUUAUGAAAUAGUUGAUGAAAACGAACAAAUCGAUAUAGAUACGACUUAUAAUCUU